AUGGCUUCCGAAGUUUUCGAUGAACCAGGCAACAUCCUGAUGGUAAACGGUGCUGUUGAUCGUUAUGGAUUCUUCAAAGGUGAACAAUUCUGCGAAACAAACACGCGGAAACUUUCUGAAUCCUCUUUGAAUAAAAUACGCCGAAAAGAAUUGAAAUGGCAAAAUAUGCUAACUGAAUGGGAUAAAUGGAUGUAUUAUAAAACAGAUCGGGUGAGAAAUCAAUGUCGAAAAGGUAUUGCACCGGCUAUACGUUCAAGAGUGUGGGAGUAUCUCUGUGGAAGCCAUAGAAUAAUGCAGAUCGAACGUGGGAAAUAUCAGGUACUUUUGAGAAUGUCGGGUGAUCCAAAGACAAUUUCACAAAUCAAAUUAGAUGUCGACAGACAGUUGCCUAAUCACGUACUUUUUGCUACAAGCCAUGGUAAUGGAAAAGCAUCUCUGUUCAACAUACUCAAAGCAUAUUCACUGCUACAUCCUGCUACUGGCUAUUGCCAAGCUCAAGCACCGAUUGCUGCAGCGUUACUUAUACAUAUGCCAGAAGAGGAUGCAUUUUGGACCUUUGUCUGUUUAUGCAACCAAUAUAUGACCGAUUAUUUUAAAUCAGAUCUUGUACGUGUCAAAUUGAAUUGA